ACUAGAGUGUGGUACUAGAGUAAAUGUGUCUCUCAGCUCAGUCUCAGUUGUUGUCAAUUCAAUUGUAGCGUAGUGUUUAGCGUUUGGAGAGUGUUGUUUUUACUCCAGCUCAUAUUAUAUUGAAUCUUGUUCACGUUGUAACAAGUGUUGGUUUCUUUCUCUGUUCUUUGUACAUAAAAAGUGGUGAAGUGUAAUAAUAAAUAUUUCUUUUAAUUUUAUUCAAAUUUUAUUGUGUUGAGAAAAAAAUAUAAAUAAAAUGAAAAAGAAGCAAGCAUCAGAUAAAGUUCAAAUACCUUAUGGAAAAAAAUCUGAUAAUACGAUGUCAACAUUAUUAAAAUGGGCGCAAAAUACAACACAGUCAAAAACCAAAAACAAUGCGAACGCUUCCAAUGGUACGAAUGGCAAAACUUGGAUUCAUCCUCCAGAUGCACUUCAAAAAGGGCAUAUAGCGUAUCUUGUUAAGUUUAUGGGUAAUACACCAGUGGAUCAACCAAAAGGUAUUGAAGUCGUAAAAGAAGGUAUUCGUAAAUUACAAUUUAGUGCACAAAUAAAAAAAGCAGAAACUGGUGCAAAAUCAAGUCGAAAAGUUGAAUUAACAAUUAGUGUAGAUGGUGUUGCUAUACAAGAUCCUAAAACACACACAAUAUUACAUCAAUUUCCAUUACAUCGAAUAUCCUACUGUGCGGACGAUAAAGGUGAAAAACGAUUCUUUUCUUUUAUCGCAAAACAACCAAAUCCAGAUGGCACUACCGGCGAAGAUAAACAUGAAUGUUUUGUAUUUGUGUCCGAUAAAUUAGCUGAAGAAAUAACAUUAACUAUUGGUCAAGCGUUUGAAUUAGCGUAUAAGAGAUUUUUGGAUACAUCUGGUAAAGAUUUAGAAGCACAUAAAAGGGCAUUACUAAGUCAACAAAGAAUAAAACGUUUAGAACAAGAAAACAAUAUAUAUAAACAAAGAUUAUUACAAUUAAGUCAAUUUAAUGCCAUAAAACAAGAAUUAGAUGCAUAUUUACGACGAAAUGAUAUUAAAAAUAUUUUAGAAAUACCACAAUUAAAUAACGAUAGCACAGAAAAUAAAGAUGCCACCACUAAUAAUGGUACAUCAAAUGGUACCGGUCAAACGAAUGGUACAACAACACCGCCAACUGAUCGUCUUCUAGAACUUUCGAUCAAUUCAAACGAUAAUAACAACAUGAACGGAUCAUCAUUACCUCCAGUACCUCCUCGACGUAUCAUCGAUUUAAUGAGUGAUAAUUUACCAGCAACGACACCAACAGUUGGUACACGGUUAGAGGGGCUACUGCUAAAUGAAUUUGAGAACGAUCAAGAUUUUGAUCCACGUGGAUUUGAGAAUGGUUUGAAUCAUACAAAUAAUUCAAUAAAUACAACAAAUGGUAAUAGUUUUAAUAAUACUGUGAAUAACACACCAUUGUUAGCACCACCACCGAAAGCAAUGAAACGGCAGACAUCAUCAUCGACGACUAAUGGUCUAUCAUCACCACCAACAUCCAAUUUUGAUAGUUUUGAUUCACCAUUCGGCGGUAUGACAAUCUCCAACUCAAACACGAACAAUAUGUCAUCAAUGAUGAAAGAUCCAUUUAAAACAAGUGUAGAUCCAUUUGAGAUGGGCGAUUUUAGUAUUAAUGCAACAAAUUAUGUAGAUGCCAUUGGUUUAUUAGAUAAGAAAAUUUUAGAAAUGAAGGAUGGUUUCAGUCGAGGAUUAUCAUUUGGAAAUGAUGAUUUCUCACUAGAAAGUUUAGAUCCAUUAAAAAAUUAAUUUAAUUUUGUUGGUACUAAUACAACAAACAUAAUUUACUUUUUCUUCCUCUUCCCUCUCAUUAAAAACUAAUUAUUAAUUUUUUGUUUUUAAACAUACCUUUUAAAAUAAUGGCCUUACUCCACGUUGUAUUUCUUUUUUAAACGACUGUUU